GCUUAGUUUUGCAUGUUCCCAUCCAUCCUGCACGACGCGAAAGGCCCCUUAUCCACCUCUCCUGCGUACCGGGAACACCUCCACGGUGAUCAGCUACUGCGUGUGUUUGUCUUUUGGUGAAGAGGCACCUUUCCAUUUCAGGAGUGGUUUAUUCAACAGUGUCCUGAAGGUUUUGGAUGUGGUGCUUCAAGGAUGUCGCUACUUUGAGAGCAUCAUCCACACACAAACAACAACCAUCGAUUUUUUUUUGUUGUCAAUAAGCAUAACAAAAAGAAGGAACAAUAGCCUAAACAAAUCAUAGUCUGUUGAACAAGUCACUUUUCCGGUCUGUGGAUACCACACCAACUAAGUAGAGUACUUUGAGAAUUGUUCACAUCGCUGCAACCCAGGACGGACUGAAGAGGGAGGCGAGACCUGAGGACCGGGUUUUUUUCACCUUGCAAGGCUGAUACCGCACUUACGACAUCCCGUAAACCCUCAAGGAUAACACUUUUGGACGUUUAUUUACCCAAUUUCACAGGAGGCUCAUUGCACGUAAAUUGUUCUAAAUGUUCGGGAUUCAGGAAACUAUAUCACGGGGUGGGACAACGAUGAAGGAGGAACCGCUGGGUGGGCUGAAUUCAGUCCGCUCAUGGAUGCACACAGCUGGGGUGGUUGAUGCGAACACAGCCGCCCAAAGCGGUGUUGGCUUGGCGCGGGCACACUAUGAAAAGCAGCCGCCUUCCAACCUCAGAAAAUCCAAUUUUUUCCAUUUCGUCCUGGCACUGUACGACAGACAGGGUCAACCCGUUGAGAUUGAAAGGACAGCUUAUGUGGACUUUGUGGAGAAAGAUAAAGAACCAAACGGUGAAAAAACGAACAAUGGGAUCAUUUACAAAGUACAGUUGUUGUACAGCAAUGGCGUCAGAACAGAACAGGAUAUUUUCAUACGGUUAAUCGAUUCCAUGACGAAGCAGGCGAUUAUAUAUGAGGGUCAAGACAAAAACCCUGAAAUGUGCAGAUGUCUUCUUACACACGAAAUUAUGUGCAGCCGGUGUUGUGAUAAGAAGAGCUGUGGCAACAGGAACGAGACUCCAUCAGACCCUGUGAUCAUCGACAGAUUUUUCCUGAAGUUCUUCCUGAAGUGCAAUCAGAACUGUCUGAAGAAUGCAGGGAAUCCCAGAGACAUGCGCAGGUUCCAGGUUGUUGUCUCGACGACCGUCAAUGUGGAUGGCCAUGUCUUGGCUGUCUCAGACAACAUGUUUGUCCACAACAACUCCAAACAUGGGCGAAGGGCUCGCAGACUCGACCCUUCAGAAGGUACGCCUCCUUAUCUGGAGAAUGCAGCCACCCCUUGCAUCAAGGCCAUCAGCCCCAGUGAGGGAUGGACCACAGGAGGGGCCACUGUCAUCAUCAUUGGGGACAACUUCUUUGACGGCCUGCAGGUCGUCUUCGGGACCAUGCUUGUCUGGAGUGAGCUCAUCACCCCCCACGCCAUCCGCGUCCAGACCCCUCCCAGGCACAUCCCUGGUGUGGUGGAGGUCACGCUGUCCUACAAGUCCAAGCAGUUCUGCAAAGGGGCUCCUGGAAGAUUUGUCUACACCGCCCUCAAUGAGCCAACCAUCGACUAUGGAUUCCAGAGGCUGCAGAAGGUCAUCCCCAGGCACCCGGGUGACCCUGAGAGGUUACCAAAGGAGGUAUUGCUGAAGAGAGCAGCUGACCUUGUUGAAGCAUUGUAUGGGAUGCCCCACAAUAACCAGGAGAUCAUUCUGAAGAGGGCAGCGGACAUAGCGGAGGCCCUGUACAGCGUUCCCCGUAACCACAACCAGAUCCCCUCCCUCGCCAACACAGCUUCCCACGGCAUGAUGGGAGUCAACUCCUUCAGCAGCCAGCUAGCCGUCAACGUGUCCGAGUCCCAGGGAAACGACCAGGGCUACAGCCGGAACACCAGCAGUGUGUCUCCACGAGGGUAUAUCACCAGCAGCACCCCACAGCAGUCCAGCUACAACUCCGUCAGUAACAGUAUGAAUGGCUACGGGAACUCUGGCAUGUCCAACCUGGGAGUUUCCAGCUCCCCUGGGUUCCUCAACGGAUCCUCUGCCAACUCUCCAUAUGGAAUUAAACAAAAGAGCGCCUUCGCCCCUGUGGUCCGACCCCAGGCCUCCCCACCCCCUUCCUGCACCAGCGCAAAUGGCAACGGACUGCAAGGUGAGCCCCCCUCACCCCCUCAUCCCUUCCCUUCGGACUACUGGGCAGAUACCGCGGCUCAUGCCUCUGUCCGGUUUGCUAUGUCCGGUCUGGUUGUACCUCCAAUGUAAAUGCACUUUCAUCUUCUCAAGCACCAAUCUUCUCACCACGAUACAGGACACCCCUUUAUCACACAGCAAAGACACUGGCGUAGUCUAAAAUACUGAGGAUAUAGUCAACAUCUUAUUCUGUUUUUAAUGAAGAUUCAAAACAUGAUUUUCUUUUAAAAGACUAUUUCAAGAGUUAAGAUUUGGACAUUUGGACUAAACAUUUCAUUAGGAACUCAACAAUUGUAGCUUUUUUCCCUCAUUUUUUUCUCCCCAUUUGAUCAACCUGGAAGAAGACAAAGGACGAUGGAGUGUACGUUUUGCAUACCUAUCGGGUUGAACUUGGGCUUUGUCCAGUGAACCAUGUACUGGAAGAAACUCUGUGGACUCAUCAUUUGGUUUUAAUGUAAACACUGAUGUACAUUUACCUAUGAACUUGUUUGCCUCAGAAAAUGUUUUUUUGUUUGUUUUAACUCUCUUUCAAUAGAUUCACAAUUGUGUGUCUUUAUAAUGUGACUUUUUUGUAUUUUUAUGUGUGAGAAAAUACAGUGGGGCCAAGAAGGUUUAAGAUUUUCAACUGGAAAAUAUAUGAGAUAUAUAAUGUAGAAAUCAAUCAUAAAAUACAGCAAAUGCAAGUAAAUGGGUGGG